UGCACCGAAACAUUCGAGCUGGACAAUACAAGGAUUUAGGGAAAGUUCCGCAGCAAUAAAAACUUUAAAAGUAUUAUGUAAUAUCUGUAGGACCAGGGCUGACUGGAAUAGCCAGAAUUAAUUAUCAAAGAUUGAUCAUUUUAGCUACAUUGGGUUUUUAGUUAGUUUUUUUGUUUGAUUAAGGUGUUUUUCAAGUCCCAACAUCACCCCUGACAUCCACUGAAAAUAAUUGACAUGCAGACAGACCUAUAAAGGAUACAAAUCCUUCCAGUUAGUCCCACCAUGUUGUCCUAUGAACCCCAAUGGCAAAUAUGCAAAGAAAAAUUCAAAUAUAUUAGUGUCAUUAUUACCAUCAGUUUCCCUAUCAAAGGCAAUUUCCACCAUGGCUUUUAAGGAGUCAAACUUUGGCUCAAACGAAGUAGCCUGAACCAGUUUGCAGCUUAAGUGCACCUUGAUAACUUUACGUUAUCAGAGUUUAACAACUUUAUAUGAUGAUAUCUUUCAAAAUGCUGUUCAUCUACCAUAAUGUUUUCUAAUGUUUACUAAUGUAACCUUUUCAUCCGUGCAUUUAAAUAUAAUAGUGAAAUACUGUAGCGGUAAUUUAAAUAUUUAGCUGUAGUUUUUGGCCGUCUGAGUGACACAUCAUUGAGUAGUAUCCCUACAACUUAGUAAAGAGCUCAGGGAGUUGCAUUUUUAGUAACAUGAACUGUAGCUGCUGCUACUUUCACAAUAGAAUGUCCUAAUAUGGACCUUUAUCCUUUCACAACAUGGACUAUUUGUUGUCUUAUUCUGUGAACAGUUUAUUCAAGGAAGUGACCAGUCAGUGACAUUUCAGAGUGCACUUUCUGUACCAGAUAUUUGGGGGGUUUAUCACCUUUUUAACUUUCCAUUAGUGACAAAACCUUCUAAAUAUUUGUUAGUUAUAUUAAAAUUUGAAUAUCUUUCGAUGUGCAGGCAAUGCUUAAAAAAGCCACCUGCUAAAAGUGUCUCUAUAAUGAAUAAAAAAAAAGGUUCAUAUACCGCAUUGUGGUUUAAAGCGAUCGAUAUGUCAACAGAAGGUUCCAGAAUCCCAUGUAGGAAAUCAACACACCUUUCUUCUAAUUAAUGUUAUUUUCUAAAUACAUGUAUUGUAAAAGAACUUCCAAAUAAGUCCUACUCUGGUCCCUGAAAAAAAGUCUAAAAAUAAAGUAGGAACAUAAACACUGAGCAAAACAAAACAAAUGUUCCGCCAAGGGAAAUAACUUCACAACGUUAGAAAAAGUGACCGCGUACUGACUUCACCCAUAAAUCUGCGAUCUGACCUAUAACUGGUUAAAAUUACAACUUGGCUCAAUUCUGAUUGGUUACGGUUCUUUUAAGGAUGAAAUGAGAUUGGACAAGCUGUUCGUCCUGUACCCUCCCUCUCGAUUAUGCAAACAAAGCGUGUGAAAUAAUAACAAUCGCCCAAAGUUUACUACGUAUUUAUUACCUCGAUCCGAGCUAGGUUUAAACUAAACUUGCUAACAACUUUAAGUAUCAAGGAAUUUGCGUAUUUUUUUUUCUAAAUUAUGUAAACUUGAAGUGGGUAACUGUCAAAGGGGAACUGCUAAAAAUAUAGUCUUUAGUUGCAAAAUAAGUUAUUUCGUGAACGAUAACAUCUAAAUUCAAAGCGAGGCUCUUUUUUUGGUAGGCGCAGGAUGUUCCCUUUAGACACGCCAUGGAGCAUCUCCUUCGCAGGCUGCGGCUUCCUCGGGAUCUACCAUGUCGGUGUGGCCAGCUGUCUGCAGGAGCAGGCUCCUUUCCUGGUGCAGAACGCCAGACACAUCUAUGGAGCCUCUGCUGGGGCCCUCACUGCCACUGCUUUGGUCACUGGAGUGUGUCUUGGAGAUGCUGGGGCAAGCAUCAUUGAAGUUGCCAAGGAGGCGAGGAAGCGGUUCCUUGGACCCAUGCAUCCCUCCUUUAACCUGGUGAAGAUUGUCCGUCAUGUACUGAGGCGCACUCUGCCCGCCGAUAGCCACCAUCGGGCCAAUGGGCGGCUGGGAAUCUCUCUGACCCGAGUCGCAGACGGAGAAAACGUCCUGGUGUCUCACUUCAACAAUAAGGAGGAGGUAGUGCAGGCAUGUGUCUGCAGUGCCUACAUCCCAGUGUAUUGUGGUCUAAUUCCUCCCACACUUCAAGGAGUGCGAUACGUGGACGGAGGAAUCUCAGACAACUUGCCACAGUACGAGCUGAAAAACACCAUCACGGUGUCGCCCUUCUCUGGAGAGAGCGACAUCUGCCCCCGAGACACCUCCACCAACAUCCACGAGCUGCGCUUCACCAACACCAGCAUCCAGUUCACCCUCACCAACCUCUACAGGGUCUCCAGGGCUCUCUUCCCACCGGAUCCAAUGGUUAUGAAGGCCAUGUGCAAGCAGGGAUAUAAAGAUGCUCUGUACUUUUUAAAGAGAAAUGGAUUGCUUAAUUACACUGGGCCUCAAACAGACCGGCCAUUGUUGGCCAAAAAAGAAGAGAGUAAGGCUUACAAUGAAGGGAGGGAUGAGAAAAACAGUGAGGCUGAAGCUGAAGAUAAGCCACAGAUGGAGGCAAAAGUGGUGCUUCAUGCCAGCUCCUCACUAGAUGAGCAUAUCAUCGAGUAUCUCCCACCCGCCAUGCACAAAGCUUUACUCGAGGCCUGCAUGGAGAGGAGGAGCCUGAUGCAGUCUCUAGGCAGCCUGCUUCCUGUCAGGAUGGCCUCAGCCAUGAUGCUCCCCUACACUCUCCCUCUGGAGUCUGCCUUGUCCUUGACUCUCAGACUUCUGGAGUGGCUUCCAGAUGUGCAGGAGGAUGUGGGCUGGAUUCGAGAGCAGAUACUGAAAAUCCUGAAGCGUAUUCUCCAUCAGGCUUCCAGAAACUUUUCCCAGCAUGUGUCUGCCAGGUUGUUCUGUCACCUGGAGCUGCACCAUUACAGGUCCCUCCCAUCCAGGGCUAGUUCCACCAGCCUCUUUCCCACCUGGAUGAACAGCAGCGGCUCUACAGUCCAGGAUCUCUUCGACUGGUACAAGAACCGGCUGAUGUCUGGGGUUCUCUGCAUCGAUAUGGACCUGCAAGGCUCCUUCCAAACCGGAGUGAUGCCACCAGAUAAAAGCCGCGUGGCCAGCUUUUUCCAACAAGACUUCGCAGAACGCAAAGGCUAUUUUAAUAAUUCUCAAAGUGACAAACCUGCUAAACCUCUGAGCAGAUCAAAGAGCUUUUGGUAGGCUUCUGCUGUGAUCACACUCCUGAUCUAGAAACAGUGAAAAACAAAAAUAAGGCAGAAUGGUUUGUCUGUGUUCUGUCUCACACUAAGAUAUGUUAAAGCUUUAAUGUUAAUAUUGCAUUUGAAAAGCAACCAGCUUCUUUGUGUGGUGUUUGGAAACAGUCGCAUUUAUACCUCUGUAAACUUUACACCAACACAAUGUUGUCAAUAGUUCUGAAGUGGAAGAAAAAGUAUAUAUAGUUUUUUUUUUCUUUUUCAAAAUGAACAUAAUGAAAAUAGCAUGCAUUUGUAAUUAGCCCCCCUAACUCAAUGUCUGUGGAACCACCUUUUGCUGGAUUUACUACUGGAAGUGUUUUACACAGCUCUAUACAUUUAAAGAUGGACAUUUUUGUCUAUGUGUCUUUGCAAAAUAGCUCAAAACUCAGUCACAAUGGAUGAACCGCAAUUUCAAGUCAUGAUGUCGACCAGAUUCCCAACCAGAUUUAGUUCUGGACUUGGACUGGACCUUUCCAGUGCAUAAAUAUGCUUUGAUUUAAUCCAUUCCAUUGUAGCUCUGGUUCUAUUUUUAGAGUCGCCUGCUUAAAAGGGAAACUACAUCCAAGCUUCGAGUCUAAAGCACGCUCAACAUGUUUUCUUCCAGGGUAGCCUUGUUUUUAGCUCCAUCCAACUUAUGACGGGCUACCCUAUCCCUGCGGAAGAAAAGCCUCCCCAGACCACGAUGCCGCACUGUUUCACUGUCUGGGUGAUGUGUUCAGGGUUAUGUGCAGUGUUUGUUCCCUGCAAAACAUAGCGCUUUUCAAAUGCAUGCCACACUUUUCAAAUUUGUAAAUAAUCUCAACAACCAUGUAUUUUUUUCCUUUCACUUCACAGUUAUGCUUCACUUUGUUUUGUCUUUCACAUAAAAUCCCCCAAAAUUACACUGACAUAGUUAAUUGUCGUGACGUGACAAAAUCUAAAACAGUUCAAAAAGCAUAGAUUGUUUUUUUAAAAGGCACUGUCAUUUACUCGGCCCACACUCACUGGGGGUUAGACUUUUUUGGACCAAUGCCUCAUUCUGAAAUAAGCCAUUAGCUUCAGGCAGCCAGGGAGUGUUACAUCAACAGAAACACACUUAAACUUUGCACAGGUACUCAGUCAUGCACAAACUUGAAUUACAGGAUGUUACAAAGAAAUAGCACAGUUAAAAAAAAGUGUUGAUGUUUUUAUUUGAAGGCAGUCAGGCACAAAGUGAAGCAGCAUUUUCCUGCUUCCAUUUGCGUCUGGCUCACAGGAAGAGCGGGACAAAAUGGAAAACAUUAGAGCUGGUUUGUUUCAGGCAGUUACUCCAUUUAUGUGAUGCAAUUUUCAAUGCAUUAUGCUUUAAAAAGACUUAUUUUUUCUGUUUAUUUAAACAAAUGUAAUAAUGCAAAUGUCUAAAACCAAUUGGUGUGCAUAAAAGAAAAUACUGUAGCGAAUAAUAGAGUUUGGUCAUGUUCAUUUCCAAAUGCUUUUUAUGAGUUUUAAUUGUUUGUUUUUUUAUUUGCUACUUAGACUUAUUUUUAAGAUAUCUUUGGUGUGUUGUUAAUUGACAUUUGUAACUGAUCAAUCAGUUUGAACUGCACAUUUCCUACUUAUGAAGUAACCGAGCUCUUUAAAUACGCAUCUUGUACAGUGUGAUUCAUUUUAAUCCAGCAAUCAGGCUGUCUGAUUUGCUUAAAACUUCCAUAUACACUGUAUAUUUAUUUGCCAAGUCAAUGUAAUGUGCUGAAAUUGUCACCAGGUGUCAUCAUAUUUACAGUUUGUGAUCAUGAAAUAAACUGGUACUCCUCAA